AUGCAGGGUCUCGAUUUGGUCGGCAACAUUGUCAUUGUGCUCCGGAUUCAUUUCAUCCAUCUCAUUGCUCGGAUUCCCAGCAGAGGUACGGAAAGCGGCGAAAUCAAAAGAGAAGCCGUCUUUGAUUGAAUUGGAAUAGAUAAUGGCACUUCUCCUUGCGCAUCUGUUGAAUAUUCUAGUCAACUAGGGUCCUUUUAAUUGAUGAAUCACAUGCCCUCCUAUAAACAAAGGGACUGAGGAAGACAAAUGGUAAUUGCAGAUUUAUUACCAAGGUGGAAUGAUGCUCUGGUUCGCGCCAAUGUACGUCAUCUCAUUUCCGCUUGUCGCCUACGUAUUUCUUCCCGUCUUGUACAACUUGAAGUUGACUACGAUCUAUGAGGUUGGUAUUGUGCAAAAAACUGUUUUCACUACUCUAUUUCGCGUUUCAGUACUUUGAGCGUCGGUUCAAUUACAAAUGCAGAUUUGUGACGACGUCUCUGUUUUGUGUACAGGUAACAUACAUACUGUAAACUGACCGCUCCAUAAAUAGCUCAUCUUAAAACCCAUACUAGGCAAUUUCGUCAUUUCUGCUUCUUAAAUUUUCAGAUGCUCCUCUACAACUCGGUUGCUCUUUAUGCCCCAUCCCUUGCGAUAGCUGCCAUCACGAAAAUCCCAAUUGCUAUUUCCAUCUUUAUCACAGCAAUUUUAUCAGCCGUCUACAUUAGCAUUGUGAGUGGCAAACAAGCUUAGAGCUUGGGGGAUUAAGUGACCUUAACAAAACGGAUUAGAUAGUACUUUUGCAGGGUGGAGCGAAAGCCGGAAUAUACACAUCCGCCGUUCAAAUGGCACUGAUAUUUUUGACGAUGGCUUUCAUCAUUUCGAUUGCACUGCAAGAGACAAGCAUCGAGAAUGUGUACACGAGCGUUUUGCGCGGCAGGCGGCUUAUUCUGAACGAGUAGGUCCCUCUCAUCAUAAUGCAGGGGUGAGCAGCCGUUGCGGGGGUUUCAAAGUAACUCUCGAUCUCGCAAAUGCAAAUGCAAAUCCUGGCAUGCUAAGAAUGUAAUCGGCUAAAACGCGCGACCUAUUGACGCAACUCUGUUUCUCUUCUCUUCUCUCCCCGAGCAAUGAUCUGCUUCUGAGAGUAUUUGCAAAAAGCACGAAUAUGUCAGAAGCCAUCCGUGAAUGAAUGGAUUUGCAGUUUCCGUGUUGACCCAACUAUUCGUCAUUCGGCAUGGUCGUUAGUGAUUGGUGGAACGGGAAAUAUCCUGUCGUUGUUCGCUGCCAACCAGCUCAGCAUUCAGAGAUAUAUGGCCAUGGAUUCGUUAAAGUCGGCUCAAAAGUACGAAGAUCAACCAAUCGCAAUAAAGAAAAUGGAAGGAACAUUUCAGAGUGGUAUUGCUGAACAUUGUGUGCAACUCUGUCAUCCUUUUUGCAUACGUCUCAAUUGGCUUCUUAAUUUACUCUCAUUAUCACGAAUGCCACCCAAAAAUCGGCAAUGCGAACGAGUUGCUGCCGCAAUUCGUGACUGACGUCAUUUCACAAUAUCCCGGCUCAGUUGGGCUCUUUGCGGCGGCCGUUUAUAGUGCUGGAAUCAGGUAGGCAGAUAAGAAGGGAAUCACGGAGCUUAUAGAUGAUUUUAGUACUCUCUCCGCAUCCUUUACGGCUGUCUCUUCAAUUGUGAUAAACGACGUCUGGAAAGUGUACAGAGUGCAUAGAAAAAUGGCGCCACUGAAGAAAAAGCAAGUGGAAAAUGCGAUGAGGGUUCUUCGUAAGAGUCUAGAAUCGGAGAAUACUGCAUCGUGAAUUCUACUAUUUUCAGCUAUCAUCCUGUCGUUUUUAUCCAUUUUUGUGGCCCUUUUAUGCAGUAUGCUUCAAAGUAUCAUUUUACAGGUUUAUCUUUUGUUUUGCCACCAAUCUCACGCCCACCUUCGUUCGUAAUUUCCAGGUCUCAUUUAUAGUAUUCGGUGCCGGGGGUGGACCAGUUCUCGGAUCUUUCGUCGUCGGAUUAUUCGUUCCUUAUGUCAAAGGAAAAUCAGCUUUUAUUGGAUUAAUUUCUUCCAUAAUCGCUUGUUUUGCUAUUUCUAUUGGAAGCGUUCUUGUGAAGGUGUGUAAUUUUAACGUUGUCAGAUAAUAGCAAAAGUUUUGCAGGUGAAGCCGGUGCCUCUCCAGCUGGGGCAAUGCUUCAAUGAAACAGUGACAUAUUAUGAUGAAUCGCUGAUCGGACAGGUCACCUCGACACCAUUGUAAUCGGAUUGAUUGCAAAUCUGAUUACCCAAACUAUUGUUUCCAGGGCUUAUGGGUUAGACCGCAUUUUUGCCGUUUCUUAUCAAUAUUAUAGCAUCAUCGCAGUUAUCACAAACGUCGCGGUCUCACUUGUCUUGCAAAAACUGUUCGGUGAGUGAUGGAGGUUGCAGCGCAUCAGAAAGCAGUCAGAAAAGACUCAUGACUCUCGUGCUAUUAUUGGUUACAUUCGUUUCCUCGAGGUUAUAAGUGUUACGUAGGAGGUCUAUCAAUUUGAGUGUUUUCCGAGUAAAAGUACACUCACAACACGUUCUGACCUCGUAAAAUGCCCAAAAACAAGAAAUGUCAUCAAUGCGAGUAUGCACUUUUAAGCAAGAUUCUUUGACAAAACAGAUCAUUUGUAACUACAAGUAAGCAAGCCUUUACUCAAUCCUGUAUCUGAGCAAAUUGCACCUGCCAGAACGCGCUUGUUUGUGUACGUGAACAGCGCCCAAAACCACACCCAAAAGCAACGGGGGCGGGGCCGGCGGGAAGACGAAUCCGUGACUUGAUAUGUUCAUUUCCAGAAGUGUGCUCGUUGACAAGCAAUCAGAUGGAGGUCUCGCUCGAAUUAGUCUCUCCGUUGCUUGCCCACUCUUACCCUUCCUCGCAAACCGACCCGGAACUGAAAGCGGCCUGCACGCAACAGGACUCACUCCCGUGA